AUGGCGCUGCUGCUGUGCCUGGCCCUGACAGCGGCGCUGGCCCGCGGCUGCUUGCACUGCCACGGCAACUUCUCGGAGAAGUUCUCCUUCUACCGCCAUCACGUGAACCUCAAGUCCUGGUGGGUGGGCGACAUCCCCGUGUCGGGCUCGCUGCUCACUGACUGGAGCCAGGACACAAUGAAGGAGCUGCACCUGGCCAUCCCCGCGGAGAUCACCUGGGAGAAGCUGAACCAAGUGGCGAACGUCGUGUACCAGAGAAUGGAUCAACUGUACCAGGGGAAGCUGUAUUUCCCUGGGUAUUUUCCCAACGAGCUGCGAGCUAUCUUCCGGGAGCAGGUGCACCUCAUCCAGAAAGCCAUCAUCGAAAGCCGCAUCGACUGUCAGCGUCACUGCGGGUGCGGCCGCCUCUGGUGUGUUACAGGCAUCUUCCAGUACGAGACCAUCUCCUGCACCAACUGCACGAACUCACACGUCGUCUGCUUUGGCUACAGCUGCGAGUCGUCGGCAGAGUGGAAGGCAGCAGUGCAGGGCCUCCUCCAGCACAUAAAUAACUGGAGCAAGUAAGUAGUUCCCGCUCCGCAAAGGCAGUGUGCAUGUGCGUCCUCGUGGGUGAGUAUGCGCCGGGGCAGCCACAGAAGGCAGCACCUGCCCUCGGUGUGGCGGGCCCAGCCUCUACCUCCCAGGGUCUCUGAGCUCGUCUGGCACGAGGGGGCACAUCCCGGUUAAGUGGUCCCCAGAGUCUGGUUCUACCCCUGCCCCAGGCUGGUGGCAGGCUGUGGUCGGAGCUGGGGAGGGCGCCCCCUGGUGGAGGCGUGCUCCAGUGGAGGCACCUCAGGGCCACAGGCACAGCCUCAGCCCCAAAGCUCAGAGCUAACUGGGGCCCCGUUGUCUCUUUCAGACAGAACACCAACACAAG